UGUGGUGGGUGUGGGUGUGGCGGCACUAUGAAGAUGAGAGGGUAGAGAGAGAGGAAUUGGUGGAGGUGGUGGUAUGGUGAUGGUGGCUAUGGUGGUAUGCCGCCAGUGGAAGGGCAACCAACCAACCAACCACCCUCUUCUUCUCUCAUUCUUUCUCUAAAUAUAUAUAUCUAUAUAUACAUCAUUACCAGAUUCUAUAUUUAUAGCAUUGCUUCAGUGAAGAGGCUUUUCCGUCAACAGGUGUCAAUACCUUCUUUAGCUACUGUCAAAAGACCUACUUUCUUUCUCCUUAGACUUCUAUCGAUAGCGAAUCAGAAGCUUUCUCAAAGUGUUGAGCGAACUCCUUCGCCAGUCUCGCUCCAUCAACCGCUCGGAAACGUAAUGAUAACGCGGAAGUUUCGAGAUGACGACACAACUAUCAGUCUCGGAUUGAUCAUCUGGAAGUGUUUGGAAUAGAACUAUGAAAAAAAUGUCAGAUUUAUAUAUAUAUAUAUAUAUGUAUAUAAAAGAGGAGAUGAUAUAUACACACACAUGUAUUCGGUGUAUGUAUACGGUUGCAGUGAUGUGGCAAGUUAGGUUAAUUAAAAUUAGUUAGAAGGUUAAUUUUGUAAUUUCAAAUCUCAAUGAUUUAAUUGACAAGUCAAAGGGUAAAUUUGACGUAAAUUUUAUACGUCAGGGUACAGAUGUUGUUUGAGGGUGUUUUGUUAAUUUUAUUAAAUUUCAGGGCUCUCAUUGUUAAAAAAAAGGCUAACUUAUAUAUGCCAGUCAAUACCUUAACCUCAUGGUGUCCUUGUAAUUAACCCUAUUUUUUAUCUUCGCAAGUCGCAACACAGCAGAACCUAAAAAUGGGUCUGAAAAUUGGAGGUGAGAUAGAGAAGGUGAACGGUAUAGAACUGGGUUACAAUGAAUUCGUAGAGCGAUACCUUGUGAAGAACCAACCUGUGGUUCUGACCGGACUUAUGGAUGGUUGGAGGGCUUGCAGAGAUUGGGUGUCUGACAAUGGAAAGCCCAAUCUUCAGUUCUUCACUACCCACUUUGGUAAUUCAACAGUUCAGGUUGCAGACUGCGGUACUAAAGAGUUCACAGAUCAGAAGAGAAUAGAAAUGUCAGUUUCUGAAUUCAUUGAUCACUGGCUUGAUCUUUCAUCUGAGGAGUGUAAUAAUGCUUCAACUCAUAAGUGUGAUGACAAGUCCCUGUUAUAUUUGAAGGACUGGCACUUUGUAAAGGAGUACCCACAUUAUUUUGCAUACACAACUCCACCGAUUUUCUGCGAUGACUGGCUGAAUUUGUAUCUCGACAACUAUCGUAUGCAUCAGGAUCCUGAUAUUUACCAAGAGAAGAAUGAAAUAAGUUGCUCUGACUAUCGUUUUGUAUACAUGGGGGCAAAAGGAACAUGGACUCCUCUCCAUGCUGACGUUUUUAGGUCUUAUAGUUGGUCUGCGAACGUGUGUGGAAGCAAAAGAUGGUAUUUUCUGUCUCCAACUCAAUAUCACUUUAUGUUUGACAGGAACAUGAAAGAUUCUGUAUAUGACAUCUUUGAGGAUGUUAGUGAAACAAAAUUCCCUGGUUUCCAGAAGGCCAUCUGGUUGGAGUGCACCCAAGAACAAAAUGAAAUAAUAUUUGUUCCUAGUGGAUGGUACCACCAAGUUUAUAAUAUGGAAGAUACAAUAUCAAUAAAUCAUAACUGGUUCAAUGCCCAUAACGUUUCUUGGGUGUGGCUUUUGCUUUUAAGGGACUACAAUGAGGCUAAGGAAUACAUUGAAGACAUCAAGGACAUAUGUGAUGAUUUUGAGGGACUCUGCCAGCGAAAUCUUGCUGCUAAUACAGGCAUGAAUUUCUGCGAUUUCUUCAUCUUCAUUGUUCGCUUCUCCUUUGCCAACUUGGUCCAACUGUGCCUUCUAGUAAGGGACUAUGAAAGUUCCAUCUGUAGUUCAUCCCCAAGAGCACGGCAUGUAGUUUUCAACCUUGAAUCUGCACGCAAGAUUGCUUUGAAGAUGAAAUCUACUUGUCUAGUGGGAAAUCAUGGCAUCUCAAUUGAUUUCAUGAGUAGCCUGGAGGAUCCUGCAUUCCUUGAAUUAUGCAGAGUUUUGGGAAGAACAUAUGAUAUGUUACAUGAACAAUGUGGACUAAGUUCUGAUGUAACGGAAGCUAUAGUGGAUGAUUUGGUGGACUUGGGUCUUAUUGACUCUUCAGGUUCACAUGUAUGCACACCUGAAGAUUUAGUUAGUUUGAUAGACUGUGCUCUUACAAAACUUGGUGGCUUAAACUGGGAUGAAAACUAAAGUUCUGUUGAUUGAAUUUAAUGAACUCGGAAGCUCAGGUCUUACAAGAGAAUCAACUUCCAUCCAUGAGGUUCCGGCAUUUUAAGGGACCAUGACAAAUAGCUGAUUUCAGAACUUCUAGAAGGUGCAUCAUUGUUUUGUGUGUGAUUGUGUGCUCCCACAGUUGGUGAUUCUGUCAGAACACGCCGUAUUGUGCCUGAAAGGUAUGGAGUUUACACAUAGGAAGAAGCGGUUCUUGUAACAAGUCAACGGCAGGUAGGAAGCCCAUUUUAUGCAUGCAAGCAUCUAACCUUUUCGCAUUAUCCACUGUGAUAGCACUGAUGGAGCUGAACAAAGUUGCUGCUUCUGCUGGUUUACCAUUAUCUAAACAUUCAUUGAUAUUGUUGUUGUUAUCAUUAUCAUUAUCAUCUUCUCUACUUGAAAUUUUGCUCAUGUAUUUUUCAUUUUUGUAGCUUCACAAAUUGAUUAGAUUUUGUGAUGAGUUGGCAAGUCAAUUCCACCCCUAGUCAAAAAAAUAUUGGAAUCUUACUUUUUUACUUUGCAUAGAAACUUUUACAGUUUA